GUUCCUAGGGCCAAGACACCCAACCGUUGUCUUUUCUUUUCCUCUCCGCCGCGCCGCGGAUGAUCCCAACGCCAGGCGCAGGGUGCGCGGCGGCGACGCGGGCACCUCCAACAAUCCAAUGGAUCCGACUCCGCCCACUCCAAUCGAUCCCAGCGCCAGUAGCAGCAGCAGCAGCAGCGACCCGUCUCCCAGCCCCGGCCACGCCAUCGUGUGCGGCGCGGGUGUGAUCGGCGCCUGCACAGCCUACUUCCUCGCCAAGAAGGGCGUCCGCGUCACGGUCGUGGAGCGCUGCAGCGUCGCCUGCGCCGCCUCGGGCAAGGCCGGCGGUUUCCUCGCGCUCGACUGGUGCGACGGCAGCCCCCUCGGCAAGCUCGCGCGCGCCAGCUUCCUCAUGCACCAGCGCCUCGCCGCCGAGCUCGACGGCGCGCAUCGCUACGGCUAUCGCCCCCUCGACACGCUCAGCCUCGUCGUGGAGGAGCCAAGGUCCGGCACUGACAACCAUCACGCUGGUGGCGGCGAGGUGGUGAACGCUUCCACCCCCUCGGUUCUUCCAUCCUGGACCGAUGGCCCUGUCAAAGGUGCCACCCCGAUUGGAAACCAGACCACCACCGCGCAGGUCCAUCCGGCUCUCUUCACGCAAGCGGUGCUCUCCGCCGCCGAGGCCGAGUUUGGCGUCCGGGUCAUCCGCGGCGAGGUGGAGGAGCUCCGCCUGGAUCCACACCGGAUGAAGCUGCUGGGAGUUGUCGUGGACAAGGAGCUCAUCCCGGCCGAGGUGGCGGUGGUGGCGCUCGGCCCCUGGUCCAGCAAUCUCAGCUCCAUCUCGGACCUCACCAGGAUCUCGGGGAGGAAGGCUCACAGCAUCGUCGUCCGGCCCAAGAGCUCGCAAGAUCUCACCCCGCACGCGCUGCUGCUGAGGUACAAGACCCGGGAAGGCAAGCAGCUCGCUCCGGAGGUCUACCCGCGUCCCACCGGCGAAGUUUACGUCUCGGGCAUGUCCGAGGAGGCCGAGCUGCCCGCUACUGCCCACCAAGUCAAGCCCAGGAACGAGGCCGUCGCCAUGUUGAGGAGAGUGUCCGAGACCGUCUCCUCCCACCUCCAAGGGGCCGAGCUCGAGACCGCCCAGGCCUGCUUCAUGCCGCUAUCGGAAGAUGGACGGCCGCUCAUUGGAAAGCUUCCAAACGUCGAGGGAGCGUACGUUGCCACCGGACACGGCUACUGGGGGAUUCUUAACGGACCGGCCACCGGGGCCUUCUUGUCGGAGCUCAUCGUCGAUGGCGAAUGCAAGACUUUGGACUUGAAGUACUUUGAUCCGGCCAGGUUCUUUAGGAACAAUGCCCGGAGGAAAGACUGCUUCCUGUAACGAGUAGAAAACGAAGA